AUGUCUCCCAUGCGCCUGGAAUUCAUCGUCCCGGUUGCCUGUAUCGUUAUGAUGGGCCUUCUUGGUGUCGUACAACUCGGAUUGAACGCAGAUGUGCUAGCAUGGAGCGACCGGAACGAGGACGAUAGAUAUUUGCGAGUGAAAGUCCGCACCUCUCGAAACGGAUGGUACUCCUCGGUAGUCAUUGCGUUUCGCGCCAUACCAGACUCGUACAGUGGAACUAGCAGUGGCUUGAUAUUUUGGAGCUCGAUCGGGGCCAUCGUCGACACAGUCCUCCUUUUGGUUCUAACUCUGAGAAAGAGGUCGUUUAUCGUUGAGCGGUCAGAUAGUGAUAAAAAUGUCUCACACCGCUCUCUACCCAUUAAACCGAUCGUGUACACUAUACUGACAGUAGUCUUCCUCCGCCCACUUAUUGUCCUUCUGUAUAUCUUCAUCUAUCACUACACUCAGGCUACUCGUACACUGGCGUACCUCGAUCUAUACAACCUAUCAAACACUCACUAUCCCGCCUCUGAGGGGACAUUCACGCCAGAAACAUGGUUCUGUGGUAUCCGGUCACAUGUUGCCACUGUGUACCCCUACGGACACCAUGAGAGGAAUGAGUUAAGCAGACUCUGCAAUGAGGCGAGGACGACUCGUUGGAUCUUGCUUCCAAUGCUGGUCGUCAGUAUGCUGGUGGUUUUUGGUGUGCUAUGGAUGCAAAGAUCGGCAAGUGCCAGGGCAGCCAGAAAUGAUGGAGAAGCGGUGGAUGUGCACAGAGAUAGGAGGACAAGUGACGCGGACACAAUGAAGGAGCGUUCAGAGGACCUUGAGCAUGGAACUGAAUAA